GAUCUCAUUUCAACUAAACCUCUAGAAGACACGGUUUUAAAUGGUUAAAAAAUACUAAUGGAGAAAGAGUAAAUUUGUUAAAAAUCUGUUGCACGCGAUUUUUGAGAACAGAACCAUAUAAGACGUUCUACAAAACAUCAAUGAAUGAGGAUGCACUGUUCAAAAUUCUGGAUUUACUAACGCGUUGGAUGAGACCAAAAAACUAUAAUAAUAUUAUACAU